GGCGGGCGAAGGUGCGUGGGAGAGCAGGGGAUACCGAGGUGACAGAUCCGAUUGCAGGAAAUUGAAGAACACAUCGGCACCCUCGAGAGAAAAAAACAAACAUCACGAUAUAUUGAUAUACAGUACAUCAGUGGGAGAGAAUAUAGGUCGAGUGAAGAUGCAAUGUCAUUCCACGUAACCAGUACAUCACAUAGGUAAACGUCUUUUGGUACGGUUGUCCAUUCUCUGUGGGAACAUUGUAGCGGAGGCACACCACGUGGGUAGACAGAGGAUACUGGACAUUUGGAGAUACGCGUCUUCAGCAUGUACUGUGAAUAACCUGUGCGCCACCCAUGGAGAACACCACGAGCACCAGCGCAUCCAAAUGCGUGGUCUCCUACUACGGACUCAACUGCACGAAGAUGGACUUCUCCAAGAGUGAGACUGCACUGAUAGUGGGAAUCAUGAGCUUCUUCAUCGCCACCACCAUUCUCAGCAACCUCCUCAUCAUCAGCGCCGUCGCCUUCUUCCGGCAGCUGCAGACGCGGACCAACACGCUCGCCCUGUCGCUGGCCGUGUCCGACCUCCUCGUCGGGGUGGUCAUCAUGCCCCUCGCCAUGAUCAAGUCGGUCUACAAGUGCUGGUUCUAUGUGCAAUGGUUCUGCAACGUGCAGUUCUUCUGCGACUACUGGUUCACGACCGCGUCAGUGCUGCACCUGAGCUGCAUCGCCUACGACCGCUACGUGGCCAUCUGCGACCCCCUACGCUACGCACAGCGGGUGACGCGACGCACCCUGACGUUCAUGCUCCUCUUCUGCUGGAUCGCCUCGGCAAUUAUAUCGACCCCGAUUCUUCUGAGCAUGAGUCCCACGCUGGCGAAGGGACGGAUCGAGAUGGUAGGCUGCCCGAAUGACUGCCGCUUUCUCAUCAGUGUGGGCAUCCUGUUCACCAUCGGAAUGGUGCCAUACUUCACGUCUGUGCUGCUCAUCAUGCUCAUGUACGGCCGCAUUUAUCAUGUGGCUCGUAGUCAGGCACGCAAGAUCGGGACGCAGAGCCACGGGCUUCCCGGGGUUUCCAGUGAGGCCACGAGUCGUUGGGCCAACAUGAAACGCGAGCACAACGCAACCAAGACACUGGGCUCUAUCAUUGCAGCGUUCAUAAUUUCCUGGCUGCCAUUCUAUAUCUUGGCCAUAGUGUUCACCAUGUACGAGGAUAUCUUUCUGCCCUACAAAAUAUCAUUUUGGAUCGGCUACAUGAACUCCACGAUCAACCCCAUCCUGUAUGCCGUGUUCAACAAGCAGUUCCGCCAUGCGUUCAAGACAAUGCUGAGCUUCAAGGUGUUUUCAUCGACAGCCAGGGACAAGGAGAUGAAUUGAGGACAUGUAGAUGCAUUGAUCAAAGACUUAAGCGGCAUUGGGGGUGAAUUUUCUCACACAAAACUUGAUUGUAAAAUGUGUUUAAAAAGCGAUGUGGAAGGACAGGUGGCAAAUGUUCUACCAUCUGCACUGUAUAUCAAGGUCUAUAUUUAAUGAGAAGUGAUUCAAGCACCAACUCAGAGUCGAGGACACAUUGUGAUCACGUUUCAGUCACAAUGCUGAACGUCAGAGUAAAAACGCCUUAGGAAAAACAUGUCCCAUCCUUUAUGAAUAAGACCAUCAUUCCAGGCUGGCUCACAUUAUAAGUACUUUGGUUGUGCAUCUUCGCAUAUCUCUCCAUACCUGGACGAGAUUGUGACAACUCUUGUCCGCAGUUUCAGUCCUAUAUUGAAGGACUUUUUGACGUGAGUAUAGAUUUCAAAUGGCCGUCCUUGUGUCGGUACCCCUACUCCCGACUCUGGCCUUGAAUGCCCCGUUUAUUGUCAAUGGAAGUUUUCACGCGCAUUUCAUGUAUUGUUACUCGAUCCAAAGUCGUUUUCUUUUUUACCAUUAAAUGAAUACUCUAUGCAAGUUGAAAUUCAUCUUAGUUAUUUGAGCUCCAUACCUAUAGGCCUGUUUCUACCUUCCACAUCCUGGUAUUCUCCUGUCUCAAUCUCCCCCUCUUCUUUUUCUCUUUCUCUCUCUUCUACUCAUAACUGUUGCUUUGUAAUUCCAUAGUAGAGGUGCCAUGGUUUCCCUUCGGACCUGGGCUGGGGGCUAUCUCCUCAAGUUUAACUUGAA